ACUGACCUUACUUGGAGUGACUAAGGUGGGGAGAGUGAUGGUAAAGCUUCUAGAAACAGUCUGUCUACUUAAGGAAAAAGGUCUCAGCAAUUAGGUCUCCUUAAAAUUGUUUUCUGAUCAUACUGUUCUUACUCCUUCUCUUUUAUUGAUUGGAUACUACUUAAGUUCCUGUUGCUUUCUGUCAUCGAGCCCCACUCUGUUCUGUUUUUGUAACAGGACUUAACCUCUCAUGUCUCUCCAGGCUAGCUCAGGACCCUUCUGAGCUGUUCAGGGAUGAGGGUGUAGUACCACCUAGGCUAAGUUGGAAGGAGAACUGGAGUAGACAGGGAGACAGACCGGACUCAGCUCUCUAGCUUUUCUUAGGUUCCAAGUGAUGUGGCCUGCUCCGGGGCUACAUUUUUAUCACCCCUCCUGACACUGGCACAAGUGAGGUCAAGGGCAGGGGUGGGUAAUUUUUUCACAAGCAAUGGAAAAGAGAAUCCCCAGGUUCUGGGUUUGGAAGGUAAUAGAAUGAUUAGCUAGCACCAUUUCUCUUUCCUCUUGAAUUUCCCCAUCAUGGUGUCCACCUGACUGCAAGUUCGUUAAUGCUGUUAGCCUGUGAUGUUGGGUUUGAUAGAUGAGGAAGAUUAACAGAUGCAUGUGUUUCUUCUUAUCUGAUAUUUUGUUGGAGCACAAGACUUCUGGGGCUUUCCGUCCCUUCUUCACAGCAAGACCAGAGCUCCUACUGACUGACCAACUGCUCUGUCACAGGCUGGGAACUCCUUUCAGAGCAGGUAGUGAAGACAGAGAUUGUGAACUUUGCUAACCUCUGAUGUGAGGAGCUCAUACAGGACCGAAGGUGGAGCCUGGUUAGAUUUGCAUCCUGAAGCCAUGGGCCAGUGGGCCAUGGUGACCUGAGACCAGUGGACUCUGUCCAGUUGCCCCCUGUUGCCCCUUCUACCUCCCCUACCCUGUACUAAGGAGACUUGUUUCCACCUUUUCAGGGAAGUGACCCUGCGGGAACCCCCUUCCCCUCUUUUCAUAUCCUUUUACCCCCCCAAGAGAGCCUUAGCCUAUAGAACUCCUACCUCCCAUCCCCUGAGGUGGUCCCCAUCCCUGCCUCACCUCCCCCGCCAUGCUCAAGCUGUGGAAGGUGGUACGCCCAGCUCGGCAGCUGGAACUGCACCGCCUCAUACUGCUGCUGAUUGCUUUCAGUCUGGGCUCCGUGGGCUUCUUGGCUUACUACGUAUCCACCAGCCCCAAGGCCAAGGAACCGUUGCCCCUGCCCCUGGGAGACUGCAGUAGUGGUGGGGCAGCUGGUCCUGGCCCCGUACGGCCUCCAGUCCCACCCCGGCCCCCCAGGCCUCCAGAGACAGCUCGAACUGAACCUGUGGUCCUUGUGUUUGUGGAGAGUGCAUACUCACAGCUGGGGCAGGAGAUUGUGGCCAUCUUGGAGUCCAGCCGUUUUCGUUAUAGCACUGAGCUGGCACCUGGCCGAGGGGACAUGCCCACACUGACUGAUCAUACCCGUGGCCGGUAUGUCUUGGUCAUUUAUGAGAACCUGCUCAAGUAUGUCAACCUGGAUGCCUGGAGUCGGGAACUGCUAGAUCGGUACUGUGUCGAGUAUGGUGUGGGCAUCAUUGGCUUUUUCCGAGCCCAUGAGCAUAGCCUACUGAGUGCCCAGCUCAAGGGCUUUCCUCUUUUUCUACAUUCAAACUUGGGACUCCAAGACUACCAAGUGAAUCCUUCUGCCCCACUACUGCAUCUCACACGCCCCAGCCGCCUGGAGCCUGGGCCACUGCCUGGUGAUGACUGGACCAUCUUCCAGUCCAAUCAUAGCACAUAUGAACCAGUGCUUCUUGCCAGCCUUCGACCAACUGAACCCCCCGUACCAGGACCGGUGCCUCGCCGGGCCCGGCUUCCCACUGUGGUACAGGACCUGGGGCUUCAUGAUGGCAUCCAACGGGUGCUCUUUGGCCAUGGCCUCGCCUUCUGGCUUCACAAACUCGUUUUCGUCGAUGCUGUUGCGUACCUCACUGGCAAGCGCCUCUGCUUGGACCUUGACCGUUACAUCUUGGUAGACAUUGAUGACAUCUUUGUGGGCAAGGAAGGUACCCGCAUGAAGGUGGCUGAUGUUGAGGCUUUGUUGACCACCCAGAACAAACUCAGGACCUUAGUCCCCAACUUCACCUUCAACUUGGGCUUCUCUGGCAAGUUCUAUCAUACUGGGACCGAGGAGGAAGAUGCAGGGGAUGACAUGCUGCUGAAGCACCGCCAAGAGUUCUGGUGGUUCCCCCACAUGUGGAGCCACAUGCAGCCACACCUGUUCCACAAUCGCUCCGUGCUGGCUGACCAGAUGAGGCUCAACAAACAGUUUGCUCUGGAGCAUGGGAUUCCCACGGAUCUGGGGUAUGCUGUGGCCCCCCACCACUCCGGCGUGUACCCCAUCCACACACAGCUCUAUGAGGCCUGGAAAUCUGUGUGGAGCAUCCAGGUGACCAGCACUGAGGAGUAUCCCCAUCUCCGCCCUGCCCGCUACCGCCGUGGCUUCAUUCACAAUGGCAUUAUGGUCCUGCCACGGCAGACAUGUGGCCUCUUCACUCACACAAUCUUCUAUAAUGAGUAUCCCGGAGGCUCUCGUGAACUAGACCGGAGCAUCCGAGGUGGAGAACUCUUUCUGACAGUGCUGCUUAAUCCGAUCAGCAUCUUUAUGACCCAUCUGUCUAAUUAUGGAAAUGAUCGGCUGGGCCUGUACACCUUUGAGAGCCUGGUGCGCUUUCUCCAGUGCUGGACACGGCUGCGCCUACAGACCCUUCCUCCUGUCCCUCUCGCACGAAAGUACUUUGACCUCUUCCCUCAAGAGCGAAGCCCCCUUUGGCAGAAUCCCUGUGACGACAAGAGGCACAAAGAUAUCUGGUCCAAGGAGAAAACCUGUGAUCGGCUCCCCAAGUUCCUCAUUGUGGGACCUCAGAAGACAGGGACCACAGCUGUUCACUUCUUCCUGAGCCUGCACCCAGCUGUGACUAGCAGCUUCCCUAGCCCCAGCACCUUUGAGGAGAUUCAGUUCUUCAACGGCCCUAAUUACCACAAGGGCAUUGAUUGGUACAUGGAUUUCUUCCCUGUCCCUUCUAAUGCCAGCACUGAUUUCCUAUUUGAAAAGAGUGCCACCUACUUUGACUCAGAGGUUGUACCACGUCGGGGUGCUGCCCUCCUGCCACGAGCCAAGAUCAUCACUGUGCUCACCAACCCUGCUGACAGGGCCUACUCCUGGUACCAGCAUCAGCGAGCACAUGGAGACCCAGUUGCUUUGAACUAUACCUUCUACCAGGUGAUUUCAGCCUCCUCCCAGGCCCCUCUGGCACUUCGCUCCCUACAGAACCGUUGUCUUGUCCCUGGCUACUAUUCCACCCAUCUGCAACGCUGGCUGACUUACUACCCCUCUGGACAGUUGCUGAUUGUGGAUGGGCAAGAGCUGCGUACCAACCCAGCUGCCUCAAUGGAGAGCAUCCAGAAGUUCCUGGGUAUCACACCCUUUCUGAACUACACACGGACCCUCAGGUUUGAUGAAGAUAAGGGAUUCUGGUGCCAGGGCCUUGAAGGUGGCAAGACUCGUUGUCUGGGCAAGAGCAAAGGCCGGAAAUACCCAGAUAUGGACACUGAGUCCCGCCUUUUCCUUAUGGAUUUUUUCCGGAACCAUAAUUUGGAGCUGUCGAAGCUGCUGAGCCGGCUUGGACAGCCAGUGCCCUCAUGGCUUCGGGAAGAACUGCAGCAUUCCAGUUUGGGCUGAUGUAUCAGCCUCCUGUACCAGCAAAAGCCCCCUGCUUCCCUAAGGGGCAAGCCCAGAGCAGGGCCCACAAGGGGGAUUAGAGUGGCCUGGCCCCGCCCCCUUCUACCUCAGUGGCCUCCAGGCCUGGGAUGGCUGAGAAGGGAAGGGCAUCCCUUUCCCAUAGCUCUGGGAUCUAAUAAACGGGCUUCCCUUGAUACCCCACAAGAUGGUACUGGGCACCUUUGGCCCAUGGUCUUAGAAGGUGGGGGGAAUGAGAGGAUCCAGGCAGGGUGUGGAGGAAUGUAUUAAUCCAGUGCUUUCCCUCUUCAUCCCCAGCAGUGUAUCUCUCUAUACUGGCUAUGGGAGGGACCCCUUACUGUGGGAUCAAUGGGAUCUACCUGUGGCCCGGCCUCCCGCGUGUCAUUCAUAUUGAAUGGGGAUGAGGUCGGACGGUGGCUCACAGAGCUGAAUAUGAGCCCUAGCUGUGGGCUAGAAAUGACUUUAAUAAACAUCCUUAUUUUUCUGUU